GGGGACAGUUUGAGAAAGUCCGGCCUCAUCUCUCCCAGUCCAACACCCCCCCCACCCAAAUCCAUGAUCUCGGCGCUCGGCUGAGGCAGGAGAAAGAGACACAGAGACAAGAGUCGCACCCCCCUCCCUGCGACCCCUCCUCCUUCUCUGCCUUUUCUCUUUCCUAAAUCCUAAAUGCAACUUUUCCUACGGCUCUCUGGGAGGGUGCAGGGAGUCGGCACAGGGUGCAGGGAGUCGGUACAGGGCUCGUGGCUGUUCGGGGGGAGCAGCAGAGUGAGGGUCAGACAGGGGGCUGGGAGGCGACCCUAGGAGGCUUCUAAUAACAGCAGGGGGGGCUGAGUGUGACUCCAGGAUCCAAAGCAAUCUCUGUAUUUACCCCCCCUGCAGUAUUCUCUGUGCCCCCCCCCUCCCUCCACUGCUGCUGCUUCUUCUUUGCGGAAAACCUGGAGCCGCGGGGUCGGCGAGAUCUGCAGAGGGGUCGGGGAGGUGAUUGAUCAAUGCGGGAGACUCCGGGGUCGCACGUCUGUCCCUUUAUUGUCGGUGUCUCAGCGCAGGGUCGGCUGGGGGGGCCCCAAAGAGCAGAGACACAGGCCCCCGUUAUGGCAGCGGUGGAAAGACUGAGAAUUCUGCGGGAUGGCCUCUCAUUUGCAGAUCUUUUCCUCUCAUGACCUCCCAUUGAGGGCCUUUUGUAGCGUGAAGAAGCCGAAGCUUGAACUGAGCCCAGGCUGGGAUAUGACCGGUUACGGUUGCCACAGCAAGGUCUAUAACUCGGGCAAGAACAGCUCUACUUCUGACCAGCCGGUGCUCAGCCACGCCUCCCUCCUUGAAACAUCCUACGAGCAGACGGUCAUCUUUCCCACCAGUGUGGGCCACAUUGUGGUGACCUCCUCCAGUAGCGGUUCAUCAGCAGAAACGGGUCAGGCCCUAGGUGGCCCUCAAACCAACCUGAUGCGUCGCAGUACGGUCAGCCUUCUGGACACCUACCAGAAGUGUGGGUUGAAGCGGAAGUGUGAAGAGCUAGAGAAUAACAGUAGUGUACAGAUUGUAGAUGAGCAUCCCCCCAUCACCCAAAACAAUGCUACUGCCACCACCACCUCCACGACCACCUCCAAGAACAGUGGCUCCAGUGAAGGGGAUUACCAGCUUGUGCAGCAUGAAGUCCUCUGCUCCAUGACCAACACUUACGAAGUGUUGGAGUUCCUCGGCAGAGGCACGUUUGGUCAAGUGGUAAAAUGCUGGAAGAGGGGAACCAACGAGAUUGUGGCCAUCAAGAUCCUGAAGAACCACCCGUCGUACGCAAGGCAAGGCCAGAUUGAAGUGAGUAUCUUGGCCCGGCUCAGCACGGAGAGCGCCGAUGACUACAAUUUUGUGAGAGCCCACGAGUGUUUUCAGCACAAGAACCACACCUGCCUGGUCUUCGAGAUGCUCGAGCAGAACCUCUAUGACUACUUGAAGCAGAACAAAUUCAGCCCGUUGCCCCUCAAAUAUAUUCGGCCGGUGCUCCAGCAGGUGGGAACUGCUUUGAUGAAACUGAAGAGUCUGGGGCUUAUUCAUGCCGACUUGAAGCCAGAGAACAUCAUGCUGGUCGAUCCUUCCAGGCAGCCGUACAGAGUCAAGGUCAUAGAUUUUGGUUCUGCAAGCCAUGUGUCAAAAGCUGUGUGCUCCACCUACCUACAGUCCAGAUAUUACAGGGCUCCUGAGAUUAUCUUAGGGUUACCUUUCUGCGAAGCCAUCGACAUGUGGUCUUUGGGGUGCGUGAUAGCCGAGUUAUUCUUGGGGUGGCCUUUGUACCCCGGAGCAUCGGAAUAUGACCAGAUCCGCUACAUCUCCCAAACACAGGGUUUGCCUGCGGAAUACUUAUUGAGCUCCGGUACCAAGACCACUCGUUUCUUCAACAGGGAUGGCGACUCCCCGUACCCACUGUGGAGUCUCAAGACCCCCGAAGGCCAUGAGAACGAGACUGGCAUUAAAUCGAAAGAAGCCAGAAAGUACAUCUUCAACUGCUUAGAUGAUAUGGCACAGGUGAACAUGGCGUCGGAUCUGGAGGGGAGUGACAUGCUGGUUGAGAAAGCGGACAGGCGGGAGUUUAUUGACCUCCUGAAGAAGAUGCUGACGAUCGACGCAGAUAAGAGGAUAACCCCGAUCGAGACCCUGAACCAUCCCUUUGUCACCAUGACGCACCUCUUGGAUUUCCCACAUAGUUCACACGUCAAGUCGUGUUUCCAGAACAUGGAGAUCUGUAAGCGGCGGGUGAAUCUGUACGACACUGUGAACCACAGCAAAACCCCCUUCAUCACUCACGUUGCCCCGAGUACGUCCACCAACCUCACUAUGACCUUCAGCAACCAGCUCAACACUGUGCACAGUCAGCCUACGGCUGCAUCCAUGGCGGCGGUGGCCCAGAGGAGCAUGCCUCUUCAGACCGGAACUGCCCAAAUAUGUGCCCGAGCGGACCCCUUCCAACAGGCUCUCAUCGUGUGCCCGCCGGCAUUCCAGGGCCUCCAGACCACUCCUUCCAAGCUUGGCGGGUACGCGGUGCGAAUGGAAAACACUGUGCCGCUGGUCACUCAAACGGCUGGUGCUCAGGCUCUGCAGAUCCAGCCUGGGCUCCUGACACAGCAGGCUUGGCCCAGUGGCACGCAGCAGAUCCUUCUUCCACCGGCCUGGCAACAACUCGCAGGUGUGGCCACUCAUACGUCAGUUCAGCAUGCCACAGUCAUCCCAGACAGCAUGGCAAGCGCCCAGCAGUUGGCUGACUGGAGGAAUACCCACUACAAUCCCAUCAUGCAGCAGCCGACUCUCCUCGCCGGUCACAUGACCCUGCCUUCUGCGCAGCCGCUGAAUGUGGGCGUGGCUCACGUCAUGAGGCAACAGCCGACCAGUUCAUCCUCCUCGUCACGCAAGAAGCAUCACUCCUCAGCCAGGAAUGUUUCUGCCUAUGAGGUGACCUCCUCUCAGUCGGUGAACUCCCCCCAGCGAUCGAAACGGGCGAAAGAAAACACCCCACCUCGCUGCUCUGUGCCCCAGAACACUGCUCCCUGUGUCCCCUCUAUCACCUGUGGAUGGGGGGAAAGUGCCGUGGGAGGGCCCCACAAGCAGCAGCGUCAGACAAUCAUCAUUCCUGACACACCCAGUCCGGCUGUGAGCGUUAUCACCAUCAGCAGUGAUACAGAUGAGGAGGAAGAGCAGAAGCACGUGGCACCCAGCCUCCCCAAACAGCGCAGGAACGUAAUCAGCUGCAUCACGGUCCACGACUCGCCCAUCUCUGAUUCCUCAAGCAACACCACAGUUAUGUUCCGUAUACAUGGCAGAGUCCACCAGACAUAUGACAGCCGGGGGACUUACACUUCUCUAGAUCACCUCUUAGACCUUCGAGCCAAGCUGAAGGCCCUGAGCAGAAUGUUGAAAGAGAAGCAGCUCAGCGUUGACACCACCAGCCACCAAAUAUACAAAGCAAAGUCAUUGUCCUCCUCAGUGGCAUCUGCCUCUCAUUCGUCUGCCAGUUCCGCGGGCACAGUCGCCUAUCGGCAAUCUCGAGCGCCAGGACACUCCUUCCAGCAGCAGCCGCUCAAUCUCAGUCAGGUGUCUCAGCAUAUCAGCACAGAGCGAACUGGCAGUCACCGGAGGCAGCAAGCCUAUAUUGCGCCGACCCUCGCCCAGGCACCCUAUUCCUUCCCGCACAACAGCCCCAGCCACGGAGCUUUACACCCACAUCUGGCUGCCACCGCUCACCUACCGAGCCAACCUCACCUCUACACAUACACUGCCCCGGCGGCUCUGGGUUCCAGUGGCACCAUCGCUCACUUAGUGGCAUCACAAGGCUCUGCGAGACAUGCUGCGUAUCCUGCCAACAUUGUGCCAGUCAGCAUGGCAGCACGGCUACUUCCUUCUCCUAGCCUCCACCCAAGCCACUACCAGGCUCAGUUUGCUCACCAGACUUACAUCCCUGCCUCCCCAACCUCUACCGUCUACACUGGAUACCCUCUGACCCCACCUAAGGUCAAUCAGUACCCCUAUAUCUAGACUCUGGCAAGGGGGGAGGGAUAAGGGGAGGUCACCGAGGGCCACCGGCGUGAAGCAGAGUCGAUGUCGCAGCCGGGUGCUGGAAUAUGUUUCUCCACAUCCCUUCUAUUCAGGAGUUGCAUCAGGACCCUCAGAGUUAAAUAACAGGGACCCUGUAUGAAUUAUAGAUGCCAAUUCUGCCCAUAGGACUGGAAGCUCCUCCCCCGAGGAGCCAGUGACUGUGUUCCCUUGGGGAUGAGACCCCCAAACAGAGACAGGAAACCUCCUCUCACUUCCACUGGAUUUAACAACUUGCUGCUCGGUUUCCGGGUGUGUGUGUGUGUCAUAGUGAAUGUUGCUGGAGCUGCCCCUAAAGGCUCACUAGAAGUUCAUGUAUUUAUUAAUCUCCGCCCCCGAGUUACUGAGAACGGGCUUUUUAUUUGGUUUGUUUCUGACAUAGCGAGAACCUUAGGAUCUGAUCCAGAGUUUUAUAGGUUUUAGGUUUCAACCGUAAUUCUAGGGUUUUUUUUGGUUUUAUUUAAAAUUUUUACAGAGGGAGGGCGUGGCCUUGGGUGUGUCCAAGAGGGCCCAAGUACUUUUAUGUUGUGUUUGAUAAGCAGACCUCUAAUAACUUUACCCCCUCUCCCUCGUUAGGUUUCACGCUCAUUUCCCCUCGUUCAGCACUAAUUGUCCUUAUUUUACUUUUUGGUUUUUUUUAGUGUUGUCAAUUUCGUUCUUUUUUUUUUUCGUUAUUAUUGUAACGUUAACGAUUUUAUCAGGAUAACGGAAUGAUGUGGGUAGGACGCCUCUUCUCAAGUGUGGGCGUGGACUGUUUUUAUUUUUAAAGAGGGAUUAUGGGAUGUCGUGAAAGGGUUUUGAGUAGGAACAGAAGUGACCGGUGGAGCCGACGGCAGAACCGAGGGAGCGGACGAGAGCGAGUCCUCACGUUGGAUCCAGGAAUAGAACAAUAUGGCGGAAGGACAGAGACUGUUGCAAGGACUUUAUAUGGACUAAGCUGCUAACCUCUCACUAUUUCAAGUCACUUUAAAGCCUUUGCUAAAAGAAUUGUCCCUCCCCCCACACCGUCUGUGCUACAGUGUAGUGCAGUCACAUGUACCCUGUUUUAUAAGCUUCACCAAUAGAUCUCUAUUUUCUCCGUUA